UCGUCCAUGAUGAAUUCAGGGUUUUAAGGGUUUAAGGGUUUAAGGUCAGACGAGAGAGAGGACAAGAGACGAGGGAGAAGACGACGAUGAUGUCUCGUAGAGCCCUAAUUUCUCUGAAACAACAAGCUGAGGCUUCUGCUCGCAAGACGAAGACAAUAAUUCCUCGUUCUUCCAUUUCAACCCACUCGUCAACGAGCCUGAAUUUUAGUUUGUUUACCUCUUCAUCGCUUCCGCAGAACCAGAGGGGAUUCUCUCUGAGAAAUCUGUUCUCAUCUUCAUCUCCAUGGGUUUCUGUUGCGAGUAACAUAAUUGCUAAUGCGGUCUUGGUUGUUAGGGGAUUGGCGACCAGAUCGAUGGAUUCCUCCGCAAACAGGCCUCCCAAAGAGACUAUUCUUCUGGAAGGAUGCGACUUCGAGCAUUGGCUUGUCGUUAUGGAGCCUCCUGACCCUAACCACACCCGUGACGAUAUCAUCGAUAGCUACAUCAAAACCCUGGCUCAGGUUAUUGGCAGUGAAGAGGAAGCUCGGCAUAAGAUCUACUCAGUGUCCACAAAGCAUUACUUUGCCUUUGGAGCUCUUGUUUCAGAAGACCUAUCAUAUAAGAUUAAGGAGCUGCCGAAGGUUCGAUGGGUUCUUCCUGACUCUUAUCUGAAUGUUAGGAACAAGAGUUAUGGAGGGGAACCUUUUAUUGAUGGGCAAGCUGUACCUUAUGACCCCAAGUAUCAUGAGGAAUGGGUUCGGAAUAAUGCCCGUGCAAAUGAAAGAUCAAGGCGUAAUGACAGGCCAAGGAAUAAUGAUAGGUCGAGGAACUUUGAGAGGCGAAGGGGGGAUAUGCCACCACCUUCACCAUCCCCACCAGCAUCUAGACCUGAUUUCCAGACCCAGGGUGAUCCAAAUCGGGACAUGUCACCUCCAGUACAGAAUGUAGGUUUCCAGAACAACUACACACCACCUCCAUUGCAGAGUCGUGAUUUCCAGGGUAGAGACAUGAACAUGCCACCACCUGCACAGAAAUGGAAUGCCCAGACUAAUGUGCCACCACCUUCACCAUCCCCACCAGCAUCUAGACCUGAUUUCCAGACCCAGGGUGAUCCAAAUCGGGACAUGUCACCUCCAGUACAGAAGGUAGGUUUCCAGAACAACUACACACCACCUCCAUUGCAGAGUUGUGAUUUCCAGGGUAGAGACAUGAACAUGCCACCACCUCCACAGAAAUGGAAUGCCCAGACUAAUGUGCCACCACCUGCUCAGAAUUGGAAUUCCCAGACUGGCAUGCAACCACCUGCACAGAAUUGGAAUUCCCAGAACAGGGGCAUGCCACCUCCGCCACAAAAUUUGAAUGCUCAGAGUAACAUGGCACCUCCGCCACAAAAUCUGAAUGCUCAGAGUAACAUGCCACCUCUUCUGCAUAAUUGGAAUGCACACAGUAACACGCCUCCACAACAAAAUUGGAAUGCCCAGACUAACAUGCCACCUCCGCCACAAAAUUGGAAUUCCCAGCGUAGGGACACAGGCGUGGCAUCUCCAACACAUAAUUGGAAUUCCCAGGAUAGGGAUGUGAACAUGGGACCUCCAACACAGAGUUGGAAUUCACAGGGUCAGGACAUGAACGUGCUACCUGCAACGCAGAAUUGGAAUCCGCAGAGUAGGGACAUCUUAACAACCAAACAGAACCAAGAUUUCCAAAAUAGGGAAAUGCAAGCCACAACUCAGAAUUGGGAUGCCCAGACCACAAGCAUUGGAAAUGCUCCAACUGGAAAUGCUCCAAAUGUAAAUUAUCAGAGUAGGUACCCAAGCACGGGGGGAAACUUUCCAAACCGAGACCAAAUGAGGGAUACACCAACUAAUAUGGUCAUGGGCAAUGUACAGAAUAGAGACUACCAAAGCAGGGACAUGCCUGGUAAUUCUGGUAUCAACAUGGAGAACAGAGUUCAUCAGGAAUGGGACAGACCUAGCAAUAUGAAUAUGGGGAAUACACCAAGCAGAGACCAUCAGACACGGGAUAUGCCUGCUGAAAAUUAUGAAUAUGUAGCAAACAGAAGCUUUUAAUUUUCUGAAGACAAUUUUUUCAAGGGUUAGAUGUUGGUGUAUCUGAACAUGCUUGUAUGAGGCUAUGGCUUGUUCUCUUGGUGGUGGGAGUCACUAUUCAAGCUGCAAAGUUUGGUGACAGGCAGUCAUGCAUCCUAAGACCUCUUUAUUAGGUUUUACACUAAUUCAUAUUCAAAUUUGUGCAUUGUGGCAUCUCAGAGUUAGUAGUUAUUUACAUAUCAUAGUGUCUGGUGAGAGGUUUACUUUUUGGCCAUGAACUCUUGGUGAAUGGUAGUAAACUAUUACUCAUUUGCGGUGUGCCAAUAUUGUAGCUUUAUUUUUAGAUAAAUUUGCUAUUUAUUUCAUUAUCCAA